AUGGAGAUCGGACAACCUAAACCAAAGAAUAUUCCUCUAAGCAAGGCCAUACUUCGGGUUCGAAAAGAGGGGCAAGGAUUGGACAAGUCUCAAAUAUGCUCGGAUUUUCAUCCCACUAUAAUCAAUAAUAAGAACGAGAGAUGUGUAGGGGUUCAAAAGGCUAAGGAAGUAAGUACAAUUUCUAAGACUAAUGGGGAGUACGAGUGCCAUACACAAAGGUUGAUAUCACAUGUCGAUGGAAAUUUGAAGCAAGGUUCUCACAUACUAAGUGAUGAGGAUAAUUCAAUGUGCAUAAAAUUUAUAAGCCCCACGCUUAAGUUAGAUGGCAUGCAUGUAAAGGAUCGGUUUGGAAUUAUUGGAAUUGUUGAUGCUCCGGUAUUAACGUCGGCUAGGAGCUUUAGUACCAUGCAAAAAGACUUAGAUUUCCUUCCUCAUGGGU